AUGUCCAAGAAGGGAGGAGCCGCCGCCGCCAUGUCGGCCGCGGCGUCGAUUGUCAAGCUCGUCGUGCCGGCGGGCAAGGCGUCUGCGCAGCCGCCCGUCGGCCCCGCGCUGGGUGCCAAGGGCGUCAAGGCCAUGGACUUUGCAAAGGAGUUCAACGCCAAGACGGCCCACCUCGAACCUGGCCUGCCCACGCCGGCCAUCGUCACCAUCCAGCCCGACAGGACCUUUUCGUUUGAGAUCAGGACUCCGCCGACAUCACUCCUGCUAAAGCGUGCGGCGGGCAUCUCGACGGGGUCGGGCAAAGCCGGCUCCGAGGUAGCGGGCACGCUGACCAUGAAGCACAUCUACGAGAUUGCCAAGAUCAAGAUGCAGGACGUCUCGGGCGUCGAAGAGGAGCAGCUCUGCAAGGUCAUCGCCGGCAGCGCGAGGAGCAUGGGCCUUCGUAUCGUCCAGUGA